GGGGGGGAGCGGGAGGGAAGGAGAAGAAGGAGAAGGAGAAGAAGGAGAAGAAGGAGGAAUCAGCUGCGCUGGAAGAGCUCUCGCCCUCCUGCUUUUCCCCGAGCGAGCUUGGAUGCUGGAAGGAGCCUCUUGGAUAUGGGAUCAUAUCUGGUUUCUCACAGCCUGGGUUUGCUGCUCUGCUGCUCCGUGCUCAGUUCGGUCUACGCUCUGGUGGAUGCUGACGAUGUCAUCACCAAGGAGGAGCAGAUCUUCCUCCUGCUGAAAGCCAAGGCCAAGUGUGAGCGACACCUGAAAGCCAAGGUGCCCAAGGUGCACGAUGGUUUUUGUCUCCCCGAGUGGGAUGGCAUCGUCUGCUGGCCCGAAGGGGUCCCGGGCAAGGUGGUGGCCAUGCCGUGCCCCGAGUACAUCUACGACUUCAACCACAAAGGCCAUGCUUACCGGCGCUGUGACCUGAACGGGAGCUGGGAGCUCGUGCCGGGCAACAACAGGACCUGGGCCAACUACAGCGAGUGUGCCAAGUUCCUCACCAACGAGACGAGGGAGAGGGAGGUCUUUGAUCGCCUCUAUUUGAUUUAUACUGUUGGAUACUCCAUCUCCCUGGGAUCCCUCACAGUUGCUGUCCUUAUCCUGGGAUACUUCAGACGUUUGCACUGCACUAGAAACUACAUCCACAUGCACCUGUUCGUGUCCUUCAUGCUGAGGGCCGUGAGCAUCUUCGUGAAGGACGCUGUCCUGUACUCGGGCUCAGCCCUGGAGGAGAUGGAGAGGAUCUCAGAGGAAGACUUGAAAUCCAUCACUGAAGCCCCUCCAGCGGAUAAGUCACAGUUUGUGGGCUGCAAAGUAGCUGUUACCUUCUUCCUCUACUUCCUGGCAACUAAUUACUACUGGAUCCUGGUGGAAGGGCUCUAUCUCCACAGCCUCAUCUUCAUGGCAUUUUUCUCAGAGAAGAAAUAUCUUUGGGGAUUCACAUUAUUUGGCUGGGGUCUCCCAGCUGUAUUUGUCACAGCGUGGGCCAGCGUGAGAGCCACUCUCGCCGACACAGAGUGUUGGGACUUGAGUGCUGGCAAUUUAAAGUGGAUUAUUCAGGUGCCCAUCCUGGCAGCUAUCGUGGUAAAUUUUAUUCUUUUUAUCAAUAUUAUCAGAGUCCUCGCCACCAAACUACGGGAGACAAACGCAGGGAGGUGCGACUCGAGACAACAGUACAGGAAGCUGCUGAAAUCUACCCUCGUCCUUAUGCCUCUGUUUGGAGUUCACUAUAUUGUUUUCAUGGCUAUGCCAUACACAGACGUGUCAGGGAUUCUUUGGCAAGUUCAAAUGCACUAUGAAAUGCUGUUCAACUCUUUCCAGGGAUUUUUUGUUGCCAUCAUAUACUGUUUUUGCAAUGGAGAGGUCCAAGCAGAAAUAAAGAAGUCAUGGAGCAGGUGGACUUUAGCCCUUGACUUCAAAAGGAAAGCACGGAGUGGGAGCACAACCUACAGCUAUGGACCAAUGGUGUCCCACACCAGCAUCACAAACGUAGCCACCAGAGGAGCGCUCGCCCUCCAUCUCAACACCAGGCUCAUCCCGGGGACCCUCAACGGGCACCGCAAUCUGCCGGGGUACGUGAAGAACGGCUCCAUUUCCGAGAAUUCCAUGCCCUCCUCGGGGCCGGAGCAGUACAACAAGGACGAGGAAUAUCUCAACGGCUCCGGGCUCUACGAUGGGGACAGACCCACGGUGCUGGUGGAAGAGGAGAGGGAGACGGUGAUGUAGAGGAAGGAGGGGGAAACCAACCCAAAAGAAGCAGAAGGAUGAGAAAGGUUCCUGGCGAGCAUUUGGCGGGUGGAAGAACCAUCAGGCCACGCGCGUGGAACGCCGAGGGUUUCCGUGGAGUUUCCCUGCUCUGUGGAGCCAGAGGUUGAGUUAUACGGGAAAAACGAGCGGGCCAGCAAGGUUGGCCGGUUGUGGAUCCCACCCACGGACUCGGUGAUCCACGUCUUCCUGGCGUUCCCAGGGCAGGGCUCUCCACACCCUGCUGGACCACAGAGACGCUGGGAGCUCUCCAGGGAGGGCUGGGGAGCACCACGAGGGUCCCUGGAGCUCCUGGAGAGCGUGGGCAGCCGAGGGGGACGGGAGCCCUGGGGCACUUGGCCUGCUGGGUCCAACCUGUCGUCCUUCCCUCGGGAAUCUCCUCGGCAAAAAGUGCUCCUCUGGGCUGGGGAGGGGGUCACAGCCCGUGGCUGCAGGAGACAGGCAGAAAACUCUCCUUCCUCUCCCCGAGUCCCGGCAGCAAGGCAGGAACCAGCGGGAAUUCAGGAUGGAAAAUGUGGUUCUCAGAAUAUGCAACGUUUCUGUUCUUCCAGGUGCAGCAGAGAUGGAGAGGGGCUUUCCAAGGGCAGGGAAUUCACAGAUCUUGGAGGGGGUGGGGUGGAUAAAAUCAGAUCAGAGGGGACCUAACUCAGCCCUCCCUUUUUGGGGAGGCUCAUGGGAAGAAGCUUCAUUUCAUUUUUAAACCUCUAAAUUGUUCUUCAUUCUGUUCUCUGAAAAUCCUGAUCCAUUGAAUCAUAAAAUCCCAGGAUGCUUUGGGUUGGAAGGGAUAUUAAAGAUCAUCCAGUGCCACCCCCUGCCAUGGGCAGGGACACCUCCCACUAGCCCAGGUUGCUCCAGCCUGGCCUGGAACACUUCCAGGGAUGAGGCAGCCACAACUGCUCUGGACAAGGGGUCCAAACCCUGGUGAGGAGAAAAACUCCAUCAGCCUUGUGCCUGUGUCCCCCAGAAGCACAGACUGUGGGAUACAGCCAGACAAACCCACCCUCAGGAGAUCCAAAGGCCAAAUUUGAUGGAUAAAAGCACAGGGAUUGCUCCUGGAUGCUUUUGCAGAGUGUCCCCAGAGGCUGCUCUCUGACUUGUGCUGGGGCUGAUCCUCCAGGGAAGGGUCUCUGCCUGUUCCCAGCAGUGACACAGAAUUGGUCAGGAGUCAGGAGUCAGGAACAGCCACCAAAAUUCCUACUGCAGCAGGUUCUGCUGAGCCAAACUGGACCCUCUCUCCAGCCUCUGUCCUACCAUCACGAGUCCUUUGCUCCAGUCCAAGACUCAGCUCCUCAGGGCCCUUUCUGUCCUUAUUUCUUCCUUUCCUUCUUGGCAGGUUCCUGGUGACUGAAGCAUUUUGACCACUUUCACUCAAAUGCAACAGGAAUGAGGUCUUGGGGAAGUUUGGGAAGUCCUUUAGGAUGCAGGUGAGGUAAAAUGGGAGAGCCUGCUCUCUGUUCUGAUCCUGUGAUGUCACUGCUCAGUCACAUCAACCAGAACUUCUGAGGUGCAUCUAGUCCAUGCAAUCAGCUGGUCCUGAGAGGGAAAGUAAGGGCUAAAUUCCCCCAGACUCUGCAGGCAGUCAGGAAGAGAAGCUGGGACCUUGAUCUGUGUCCCACAGCUCCUUUAACAACCUCCCAGCCUGGGCCUGACCCAAGCCCAGGGAAGACACACAUGGGUAGCUCAUGAAUCCUGGAAUCACGGAAUCAUUGGGGCUGGAAAAGCCCUCCAAGGUCACAGAGUCCCCCCUGUGCCCAUCCCCACCUUGUCCCCAGCCCAGAGCACUGAGUGCCACAUCCAGGCCUGCCUGGGACACCUCCAGGGCUGGGCACUCCAAACCUCCCUGGGCAGCCCCUGCCAGUGCCUGACCACCCUUUCCAGGGAGAAAUUCCUGCUGAUGUCCCACCUGCCCCUCCCCUGGCACAGCCUGAGGCUGUUCCCUCUUGUCCUGUAAGAGAGCUCUUUAAAGCCAGGAUUUAUCUGUGACAUUCUUGUCCUGUUCCCAUCAUUAAAAGAAGUCAAAUCUCCUCACAACCCUUUCCCACCAAAUGGCAGCUACUGAAAUGUAAAUGUUCGAAGAUUGAUCUCUUUUCAUGCUCUCUCCUUCUGCCCCUCCUGAUUUGCUCACUCAAAACAAUGUCUUGGUUAUCCUUUCACCGCUGGAACAGAGAAAACACACCAAAAAACCUCCAAGCAGUGACUCAGUGUUUGCUUGUGUUUGUGACUGAGAACUCAGGAUCAACAACGUGUUUGACAAUCACUCAGCAAAGCUCAAGGAAUCAGCAAAAGCCAUGAAAUUAUUUAUAAACAAAUACAACACCCUCAGCAAACACAGCCCUCACUGACAUCCAGAGUUUGGCACUGGAUUAUUUAGAAUAAAUGUCUAAAACCUCUUGUUAGACACAGAUAAAUUUACACAGGCACAGAGGAUUUACAGAGGAAGAAAUAUUUUUUUUUAAGCCUUUUUUAAUUGCAAAUUGUGAAUAAUAGAUUUUUUUUUUUUUUUUGGAGGGGGGAGCAUGUGAAUGAACAGUAUUCCUGCAAAAAUUGAGGGAAUGCUGAUACCAAACCAGGGGGAAAAGUGACAUCCAGGCACGACAGAAUAUCUUUGUCAAAACCUGUUCCUGCCAUUCCUGGGCUGAUCCCAAACUCCUGAUUUGAGUGUUUGCAUCAGGAUCUGUCAACCAGAGAUCCAAGGUGGUCCUUGCCUGAUUUUAGUGAGGAAGGAUCAGACCUGUGGCAUCUCAAAACAGAGAAUAAACCCCGAUUCAUGGCUGGGAUUUGCUCUGGAAGGACAAGCAGAGGCCAAAGCCUUUGGAUCCAGAGCAUCCCCUUGACCACAACCUGCUUUUCCUCCCGAGUCCCUUCCCCUUCAUCUCCCUCUUUCCCAGAUGGGCACAGAGCUCUUAAAUCCUCUUCAGCCUUUUUAUUUCCUCAGGAUGACUUUUUGGCAGCAGUUUUGCCCUCUCUGCUUUGCAGACAAAUGUUUUGAUCCCUCCUCUCCACUGCUUGGUCCUGGUUCAGAUGAGAUCACGUCUUGUCCUGUUCCCCACCGUUCCUCAGCUCUGCUGCCUCUUGUCUGAUAAGUUUUGGAGCCAAGAGUUCACAAAGAUCUCCCAAAAUCCAAUUCUUCAGCCAGGGAUUGGCUUUGUUUAUCUGUUUAUGGGCAAUCAGCUGAAGGUCACGGGACAUCGACGGUGCUGGGCAGAAUUUCCCACUUUUUAAACUAUAAAAACACACGAAGAGGGAACAUCUCCAAGUUUUUAUCCCUGUUUAUCAUCUUGUCAAACUCAAUAUCUGGAUUAAAGCUUUUAACUUCAGGUUCUGAUGGAUCAAAAAGUCGAAGAAACCUCAUUUAUAGGUUGAGUUCUAUUUUUCUUUUCCCCCUGAACUCAAAGACCUGGAGUCAGUUUGACCUGCAGAGUUCACACAACCUUCACUUUCUCUGAUUCCCCAUGAAACAUUCCUGUGCCAUUCCAUAACCUCACCUGCCCAUGGAAAUCAGCUGAGGGUUGGGCAGGGCCCAGGAGCAAGAGGAGGAGUUGUGGAGGAGCUGACCCAGCUGAUCAGGAGUAAUUGGGGAACCUUAUAAACCUGGCUUCUUUUCAGGCAGAUAAAUCAUUGCCUAAUUAGGAUUUCUCCUGAUUGGGGAAGUCUUGGGACAGCAAAGGGGAGGGCGUGACAGUGUCAGUACAACUUUCUCUUCCCCUUCACCCCCACUGGCACUUUUCCCUUUCAUCUCACCUGUAAAAGUGGUAAAAUAGAACAAACUCAGCUUGAGAACCCGGAAUGUUGCAUCCAUUUGGGAUGAAAUCCUGACCCCAGGAAAAUCAACCCCCCAGUAAAUGUCUGUGGAUAUCCAUGGAGUGGGUUUCACCCAUAAAUUCUGCAGAGGAAAAAGGCCAAUGAUUUAAAGAAAUUACCUCCCCCCUUCCCAAAACCUCACUGGGAUUUCAGGGUGGCUUUUUCCUUUGGAUCAAGAGCACGGCAGGAAAUCCCCAAAGCAGAAAUCCAGAGGUGGGAGAUGGGUCUGAGGGGCAGUUUCCUCUCCUGAAAUGCUCCAGCAUCAUUUUGUACUGGGAGCAGCUUCUGCCUGUGGGGAUUUAGGAUGUGGUAGACACUUGGCCAGAAAAAGGCCCGAGAUUAAAAUGUUUGGGAUGGGUGGGAUCAGUGUUUCCAAAAUGCCUGGGGUCACAUCCACUGAAACAGAGCUGCAAGAUCCACUGCAAGGGGCUGAAAUGAAGGGUGUGCUCCAGGCAGGCAGCCCUCAGGUGCCCCAAACAGGAGACAAAGCAAUGAGCUCACCAGAGAAGCAGCAUCUGCUUAAACCAGAGCUUUCCAACAGGCACAGGCCCUGCUAAAUCCAGACCUUUCCAGCCAGGCCAAGCUUUACCUUUUCCUUUUUUUCCUCUGUCUGAAUUAAAUGAUUCUUCCUUGAGAGCUGCAGGGAAGGAGGAAUUACAGAAUCAUGGGAUGGUUUGGGGUGGGAAGGGACCUUAAAGCCCAUCCAGUCCCAGCUUCUUCCACGGGCAGGGACACCUUCCACAGAGCAGGUGGCUCCAGCCCUGUCCCUGAACGAGAAUCCAUUGGCUGUGGAAUAUUUUGAAGGACAGGUUGUAGGAGGUGGAGCUGGGGGGAGAGGGAAGAGGACAGGCACAGCCAAAGCCAUCCCCAAUCCCAUCCCCAAUCCCAUGCCCGUGUUCCAAAGUGCUUUGUCGACCUCUUCCCAUGUGGGUGAGCUGGGGGUGGGGGGAGACUGAAGAGACAAACCUGCUGCUAAACCCCAUCCCUUCAUCUCAGCAGCUUCAGGGGGGCCCAGCCCUGGUGGGCACCGGAAUUGGUGGGAUCUGAGUGUUGGGAAAAGGCCUCAGCCAUCGCCAGGGAUUAUUUUCAAGGUGUUGGCUCUGGGAGAGGAGCCGGGGGGUGUUUGUGCCCCUCUGUCACAACGUGGGUUUUCAGACCUUGUGCCACUUCAGGGGAGGGACAAAGCCCCCAGAUGAGAGGCUGAAAUUGGGAUUUUUCUCCCCACGUGUCCCAGGCCUUGCCCUGUGUGUGUCAACAUUUCCAUCCCCCCCUCAGCUUUCCGUCGGGACCAAAGGAGCGGGCGGGCCACGGCAAAGCACAGGUGUGUGUGUGUGUCAAAGGGAAUUCCAAUAAAAACCCACCUUGACUGAUC